GGCGGAGCGGCGGCGGCGGCGGCGGCGGCAGGGCGCAGGUGAGCGCAGGGUGUCCGCGGCUCCCGGUGGGGCUGUCUCCGCCUGCGGGAUAGCCCCGCGGGGGCCAGGUGGGGGUCCUGGCGCUGCCCAGGCGCAGCCCCCCGCCGCCAUGUGGUCCGUGGUCUGGGCAGCCGUGCGUUCCAAGGCCCCGUACGUCACCUUCCCGGUGGCCUUCGUGGUGGGGCUAGUGGGCUACCACUUGGAGUGGUUCCUCCGCGGGGACCCCCAGCCCGCGCCCGAGGAGGACAAGAGCAUCUCGGAGCAGCGGGAGGACCGCAAGCUGCAGGAGAUCGCGGGCAAGGACCUGACUAAGGUGGUGAGCCUGAAGGACAAGCUUGAGUUUGCUCCUCGGGCCGUACUGAACAGGAACCGCCCGGAAAAGAGUUAAUAAAGUUGUUUGGGCAAAAGAAGUGCCCUGGAGCGACCGUCCUGGGGCUGAGGGGUGGCUGCCGCAGAGCUCUGGCCUGCAGCACCGUGCUGUGGAUUCCUGUGUCACUUGCACAUCGUCCAGCAGCCUCCCUCCUGUACCUGGGCAAUAUGCUGUGCCCGCUGCUGCUCUUCACCCUGCCAGGACCCUCGGAAAGGUCAAGGCUUUCUCGCCCUGCAGAUGCACUCAAGACAGCACCCAGACCUCUGCUUUGUGGCAGAGCAGGCAGGGAGCUGUGCUCUGGAGGUGGAGCAUGUUUGGCACUCCUCAGUUCAGCCUCUCCUAGCCCCUGGACCUCAAAGCCUUGUCCCGGUUUACCCACGUCUCUAGGCUUGGUUUCUUCCAUGAUGUGAAGACAGAAGAAACCUGGACCUGAGUGACAGGAGGUCAGGAUCAGGCCAGCCACCUGUAGCAGGAGGACCUGAUGUCUUGCACGCAGCUGUCCUCUUGAUCCUUGUGACCUCCAACCACAGGACUGUGCUGCAGCGUUACACCCGUGGGAGCCUGGACAGUGGUGGAGACCUCAGGGGAGCCCUUCUCUGCAUCAUCCCAGGCUUCACAGUGAGGCAGGGGGAUGGAGGGAAGUGAAGUCCUGACCCUGCUUCUGUCAGAGAGCUCUGAGCAUGGUAGUGGCUUUAACCUGGCGUGUAGAGAGUGGGGACAUCUCUGCCCUGGGUGGAAACAGCCAGAAUAAACUUCUGCCAGUC